UCACUCUCUGCGUCUCUCGAUCUUCACGUCUCCCCCCCUUCCUUCCCCUUCCUCCCUCUCGCUCUCGCGCUCCCUCUCUCUCUCUCUCUAUCGUCCCAAUCGCUUCAGGAGUUUCCAUUGAUUCACGAGCUGAUUCCUCCCGUUCUCCCCCCACCACACCCACCUCGCAUUCUCGCGGAUUCUUGUUCUUGUUCUUGUUGUUCUUGUCCUUCUUCUUCGCAGCGGACGGGGCCCCCCCUCUCUUGCUCGUGAUUCUGCCGCGGCGAAGAGGAGGUGGUGGUAUGAGGCGCGAGCUCUCGCCGCCGCGGGGUGGAGCGUGCUGAUCGAAAAUCUAUUGCCCGAUUGGAGGUCGAUUCGAGGGUCCGGGCAUGGACACCGCGAGGGAAUCCGGGGGAAUCGGGGGCGUGGUUCUGAUUCCGAUGAGGUUCGUGUGGCCUUACGGCGGUGCGAGCGUGUUUCUGUGCGGUUCCUUUUACAGAUGGUCUGAGUUGAUGCCGAUGACUCCAGUUGAGGGUUGUCCCACAGUCUUUCAGGUUCUUUGCAGCAUACCUCCUGGGUACCACCAGUAUAAAUUUUUUGUUGAUGGAGAAUGGAGACAUGAUGAACACCAACCUUAUGCAACUAGCGACUACGGGAUAGUGAACACUAUCUUUUUGACAGAGGCUAAUUAUAUUCCAGGGACUCCCAGCCCAGAUACCCCCCCGGGUUCGAACAUGGAGGUUGAUGAACAGGCACGGCGUUUGGUCCGCGUAACGGAUUGCACAUUAAUGGAGGCUGUACCAAGGAUCUCAGACACUGACUUAGUGGUUUCUCGUCACCGCGUUACUGCAUUCUUGACUAGCCACACUGCAUAUGAGUUACUUCCGGAGUCAGGCAAGGUAGUUGCCUUGGACAUUGAUUUACCCGUGAAGCAAGCAUUUCAUAUUUUAUACGAGCAGGGGAUCCCUACAGCUCCUCUCUGGGACUUCCGCCGGGGACAAUUUGUUGGAGUUUUAAGUGCGAUGGAUUUUAUUUUGAUUUUAAGAGAGCUUGGAAAUCAUGGAUCAAAUCUGACAGAGGAGGAGCUUGAAACACACACAAUAGCCGCAUGGAAAGAGGGGAAAGCAUAUUUAAGCAGACAAGUUGAUGGGCAUGGAAGAGCAUUUUCAAGGCCUCUUGUCUAUGCUGGGCCAUUUGAUAACUUGAAAGAUGUCACUUUGAAAAUUUUGCAAAAUGACGUGGCCUCAGUUCCAGUUAUUCAUUCUUCUUCAGAAGAUGGUUCAUUUUCGCAGCUACUGCAUAUGGCUUCUCUUUCUGGGAUUCUAAAAUGUCUUUGCCGUUAUUUCAGACAUUGUUCUAGUUCAUUGCCUGUGCUUCAGUUGCCAAUAUAUGCAAUUCGAAUCGGCACUUGGAUUCCGAAAAUUGGUGAACCUAAUCGACGGCCUUUAGCCAUGUUGAGACCUAGUGAUUCACUUAGUUCGGCCCUCAAUUUGUUAAUUCAAGCACAAGUUAGUUCAAUUCCCAUAGUGGAUGACAAUGACUCUUUGUUGGACAUUUACUCACGGAGUGAUAUCACUGCUUUGGCAAAGGACAAAGCUUAUACCCACAUUAAUCUCAACGAAAUGACCAUACAUCAGGCACUGCAGUUGGGACAAGAUUCGUAUGCUCCUUAUGAUCUCAGAAGCCAAAGAUGUCAAAUGUGUCUGCCCUCUGAUUCACUGCACAAAGUGAUGGAGCGAUUGUCAAACCCAGGUAUCAGACGACUUGUCAUUAUUGAGGCUGGCAGCAAGUGCGUGGAAGGUAUUGUUACACUUGGUGAUGUUUUCAAGUUUUUACUUGGUUAAUUGAGAGGCGACAAGUGGAAUUAUCCGGAAAGGUAUAUGUUCCGACCAUGCAGAGAUCACAAUGUCUAGACUCCAACGGCUGGCCAUUCUUCACGGGAGACUUACCACGGCUGACUCGAUCAAACUACACUUCUUCAAUCCUUAAAAUUGGGUCAGCCUCUUGCUAGCUGGCUUUUUCAAAAUUAUUUCGGGCUUAAGAUGAAGUCCUUCAGAAAAUUUGGAGAAUUCAUCUCUCUCUCUCUCUCUCUCUCAAGAUUUGUGGUAAUUCCACCCUCCCAUGGUGUUUUCUGUCUCCAAUGUGCUGAUUAUUUAUGUGGUUGUAUAUGUUUUGGGAGCAUUGGGGCAUGUAAUAGUCAGGAAAGAGAAGGAAAAAAAAUUGCAAAGCAAAUCAUAUGGAGAGGGACAUUGAAUUAUUAGUCAUUGUGUAUUUGUGCAUACUUUUGAUGUCUGUGGGUUCCAGGUUUGUGAAUAUUCUUGUCGCAGUUGAAUAUGCCAAGGAAACAAUUCAACAACUGAA